AUGAGCGCCCAAUUGCGCCAAGACCACCAGCCCCUCAGCCAUGACGAAGAAGAAGAAGCCGGCCGCUUAUUACGCUCUCAGUCCUCGUCAGCCUUGCCGUCCUCCUCCGACGACGAUGAGGUGGCGUUCGAGUCGCGGGAGAAGAUCCUGAUCGUCGACGCCGCCGACGACGAUUCGACUGAGGUGCCGCCCUUCUCCUGGAAGAAGCUCUGGCUGUUCACCGGCCCGGGGUUCCUGAUGAGCAUAGCGUUCUUGGAUCCGGGGAAUUUAGAAGGAGAUCUCCAGGCCGGAGCGAUCGCCGGCUACUCUUUGCUCUGGCUGUUAAUGUGGGCCACCGCCAUGGGCCUUCUCGUCCAGCUGCUCUCCGCGCGGCUCGGAGUCGCCACGGGGCGCCACCUGGCGGAGCUUUGCCGGGAGGAGUAUCCCAAGUGGGCCGGGCUGGUGCUGUGGUUCAUGGCUGAGCUGGCGUUGAUUGGGGCGGAUAUUCAGGAGGUUAUUGGGAGUGCUAUUGCUAUUCAGAUUCUCAGCAAUGGCUUUCUGCCGCUCUGGGCCGGAGUUCUCAUUACCGCCUCGGAUUGUUUCCUUCUUUUAAUUCUCGAGAACUAUGGGGUGAGGAAGUUGGAAGGUGUUUUUGCAGUUCUCAUUGCAACUAUGGCUUUAUCGUUUGCCUGGAUGUUUGUUGACACAAAACCGAAUGGAAAAGAACUUUUAAUCGGUAUUCUGGUUCCCAGACUCAGCUCAAGAACAAUUCGGCAGGCUGUGGGAGUUGUGGGUUGUGUCAUCAUGCCACACAAUGUAUUUUUGCAUUCUGCUUUGGUGCAGUCGAGAAAUAUUGAUCCACACAAGAAAGGACGGGUUCAAGAGGCACUGAACUACUAUUCAAUUGAGUCGUCGAUUGCACUUUUUAUCUCCUUCAUCAUCAAUCUGUUUGUCACCACAGUUUUUGCCAAGGGAUUUUAUGGUACUAAACAAGCUGAUAGUCUAGGGCUAGUUAAUGCAGGCCAGUUUCUUCAGGAGAAGUAUGGAGGAGGGCUUUAUCCCAUUCUUUAUAUCUGGGGUGUUGGGUUAUUGGCGGCUGGACAAAGUAGCACGAUAACUGGGACAUAUGCCGGGCAGUUUAUCAUGGGAGGUUUCCUUAAUCUCCGUUUGAAGAAGUGGCUGAGGGCCUUGAUCACAAGGAGCUUUGCAAUAGUGCCAACUAUAAUUGUGGCAAUUGUCUUUAAUACGUCAGAAGGGUCGCUGGAUGUGUUGAAUGAAUGGCUUAAUGUACUUCAGUCGGUUCAGAUACCUUUUGCUCUUAUACCACUUCUCACUUUGGUGUCAAAUGAGCAGAUCAUGGGGGUCUUUAAGAUUGGACCUCUACUUGAGAAAGUGGCCUGGACUGUGGCUGUUUUGGUGAUGGUAAUCAAUGGUUAUCUAUUGCUGGAUUUCUUCAUUGCUGAAGUAAAUGGACUUCUGUUUGGUGUUGUGGUAUGCAGUGGUACGGCUGCAUACUUAGCGUUUAUUAUUUAUCUGGUAUUACGUAGUGGUGCUCUUCCCUCCACUUGUUUUGGUUCGGUGUACAAGAGAUUUGCUGAUACAGACACUUAAACCCAAGACCGUGUAAUAUGAAGAAACUCUGAAUAUAGAACAUGCUGCUGUUCUCACAGCAAGCCAGUUAGGCGCGAGGGUCUUUGAUAUACUCUUUCUGGAGUGAAGCAUUCUUUCACAUAACUGCCUUUAACCCCGGUGCUGCAGUGCAUAUGCUAAAGUGAGUGUACAAAUUUAGACAAUGUGAACACUUUACAUAGUUAUCAACAUGG